ACAAAAGUAGACAACAAGGCCACGCCUCAAACAAAACCCUAAAAACAAAACCACAUAAAUUAAAGCAGCCUCCUUUGCCUUCUUCUCCACCACUUAGCCUCUCACACUCAGUCCACUACCAUCCUGCCACCUCAUCACCGGAUUCUGACGUCAUGUCUCCGAACUAUCAGCUUCUCCUGACCUCCGCCGUUUCUCAAACAUCCGUUUCCACCACGACUACCACCACCAUUUCAACUAUCAUCACCAUUUCCAUUCACUGAAAAAGAAAAUUAAUCUCUCUAGCCACUAUUGGAUUCACGCAUUUUCAUCUUCAAAGUCCAAAGCAUAUAGACUGCUACUGAAGCCAAAUUCAAGUUUUAUCUAGAAUAUCGGUUAGAACCGGGUCUAAUCUUUGGCUGUUGGUUUGGUUGAAAGAUGGCUAUUUUGAAGAGCUAUGGCGUGCGUUUGAGAGAGUCUACGCCCCAGUUUCCGCGUCCCAAUCUCUGCGAUAACUACAAGAGGAGAAAUGUAAAAUGGAGAUCCCCACAAGCUGCCGUAAUUCCUAAUUUCCAUCUCCCAAUGCGUAGUUUUGAGGUUAAAAACAGGACAUCAGCGGACGAUAUUAAAUCUCUUCGAUUGAUAACAGCCAUCAAAACCCCUUAUCUACCCGAUGGAAGGUUUGAUCUCGAAGCAUACGAUGACUUGAUGCAUAUGCAAAUUGAAAACGGUGCAGAAGCUGUAAUUGUUGGUGGCACAACCGGUGAGGGCCAGCUGAUGAGCUGGGACGAACACAUAAUGCUUAUUGGUCAUACAGUCAACUGUUUUGGUGGAUCGAUUAAGGUAAUCGGAAACACUGGAAGCAACUCAACCAGGGAAGCGAUUCAUGCCACUGAACAAGGUUUUGCUGUUGGAAUGCAUGCUGCUCUUCACAUCAAUCCAUAUUACGGCAAAACAUCUCUGGAUGGCCUGAUUUCUCACUUCGAUAGUGUGCUGCCAAUGGGACCUACCAUCAUAUACAAUGUACCAUCACGAACUGGCCAAGACAUUCCCCCACAUGUCAUAAACAACGUAGCACAGAGUCCCAACUUGGCUGGUAUUAAAGAAUGCGUUGGAAAUGACCGAAUUGAGCAGUACACAGGUAAUGGAAUUGUAGUAUGGAGUGGGAAUGAUGAUCAGUGUCAUGAUGCUAGGUGGAGCCACGGGGCUACCGGGGUGAUUUCUGUUACAAGCAACCUUGUCCCGGGUUUGAUGCGAGAACUCAUGUUUGGAGGUAAAAACCCCUCACUUAAUGCGAAGCUCUUACCUCUAAUCGAGUGGCUCUUUCAAGAGCCUAACCCCGUUGGGCUUAACACGGCCCUUGCGCAACUUGGCGUUGUGAGGCCAGUUUUCAGGUUACCGUAUGUACCACUUCCAUUGGAAAAGAGGGUAGGAUUUGUUAAUCUGGUCAAGGAAAUUGGGCGGGAGAAUUUCGUAGGAAAAAAUGAUGUUCAAGUUCUUGAUGAUGAUGACUUCAUCUUGGUUGGGCGGUAUUAGUAAUAGUCUUUUUUGUCAAUGUUCAGAGAACUCUAGGAUCGGAAGUGUCUAAUUUCGAGUUUGCAAGUUUACAUUUUCGUUUACAAAAUUAGAAAUAAAAUCUAGGUUUGCUUGCUUGUUUAA